CAAAAUCACAGUUCAUCCCCACUUGAUGCUACAUGCUUCCUUUCACUUUUUUUCUAUCGAGGUGCAAGCGUACAGUCAUUCACGCUAUACAACUCAGUCGUCUGACGAUCGCUCCACUAUAGCACCGUAAGUACAUCUUUUUUCGUUUUAGCGUGUAACAGGUUACCAAUAAUCUUUAAUGCGACCAAUGCAAUUAAUUAACAUACACGAUUGAGGAGUGUACGUAAGCAUAAAAUUAACACGCUGAGUCAAUGUAAUGUUUUUUUCCUUAACUUAUUCAUCAACAUUCAUUAGUCUUCAACUAUAAUUACGGCUGAUUAUUAAAAAUAUUCCUUUAAUACAAGUAGAAUGAUUCGUAUAUAUUUUUUAUGAUUAUGAUUUAUGAUCGAUAAGCUUGGAAGCUCCUACAUUAACAAGAACAUUUUUUGGAAUAUACCGAUCUUAUCUAUACCUGCUAACUUCGCUCAAAGCAAUUAAAUUAUGUGAAAAACAACUCGACGAAUAUACUGAACCAGAAUUAUUUCAAACAAGAAAAUUGCUUCUUGGCAAACAGUCACAUUACAAAUUCUCAUUGACGCGUCGAGUAUGCAUAAUUGUCCGAUCAAAGAUCACGCGCGCGCAGACUAUCCUUACAAGUCAACCGAACGAACAAAAACAAUUAUAUCGCAAUGAUGAAUAUUAAGAAUAAACACACUUUGCAGGGGGGAAAUCGAGGCCACGCCUUAACGGCUGUACUCUAGUCCUUGAAAUAGAUUCCACAAGCGCGUUUAAAAAAAGGAAUUUGUCACGAAAAAAAAUAAAAGAAUUAGAUCUAUCGCUCGACGUGGAUCUCGUCACAUCAGAGCAAUAUAGAUAAAGCAAUAAAGAAAUAAUCUCCCUUAGACACGCGCAGACGCAUAAUAAUCACAUUACAUCCAACAAGUGUCUGCAAAACAUGGGCGGCAGCAACUGCAAGAGCUUCUCACCAAAGAACAGCGGAAAGGUCAAACCGUCCGCUAGCGGCAACAACUCGUUCUCCUGCAAAUCCGAUAACGAGUAUGAUGGCAAAGCAGAGAGUGCAGACUACAUUGAAGAUGUGGUUUGCAAGGAAGAAGAUAUUCAAGAAAAUGAGAUGAAACUACUGCCUUUGGGUAGCGAUGGAGGAAAAAUUCUACUGAUCAAACAGCAAGGAGAACUACAUGCUAUUGGCACAAAGUGCACUCACUAUGGGGCUCUUCUUAACACUGGUGCACUGGGAGAGGGAAGAGUUAGGUGCCCUUGGCAUGGAGCUUGCUUUAACAUCAAGACUGGUGACAUCGAGGAUUACCCUGGACUAGAUUCUUUGCCUUGCUACAAAGUGUCCAUUUUUAAUGGCCAGGUCAAAGUUAAAGCAAAACGUUCAGAGCUUAAAGCCAAUAAGAGAACAAAAGCCAUGUGUGGUUUCAAAGUUGAUCACCCUGAAACAGUUGUGAUUAUUGGUGGUGGUCCAUCAGCAGCUACAUGUGCUGAAACUCUCAGACAAGAGAACUAUGAAGGUCGCAUUAUAAUGGUGUGUAAGGAGAAAGUUUUGCCAUAUGACAGAGUAAAAGUUUCCAAAGUCAUGGAUUUUGAUGUCCAAAAAGCUUUACUGAGACCGCAAAGCUUCUACGAUCAAAACAAGAUUGAAACAAAAUUAGGAGUUGAAGCUAUAAAAUUGGAUACUGAGAAGCAAAUAGUCACUCUAAGUAAUUGUGAAGUCUUAAAUUAUACAUAUUUGUAUAUUGCCACAGGAUCAAAAGCUAGAAGACCCGAUGUGCCUGGUGCUGACUUGAAAAACUCUUUUAUCAUGAGAACAUAUACGGAUUCUGAAAAUGUAUACAAGUCACUUGCAUCUGAUAAACACGUUGUUAUACUUGGAUUAGGAUUUAUUGGUCUUGAAGCUGCUGCUUACUGUGUUGACAAAGUUGCUUCUGUAACAGUUAUUGGAAGAGAUACCAUUCCUUUUAGAGUAGUAUUUGGAGAAGAAAUUGGCUGCAGAGUGAAAAAAGAAUUUGAAGACAAAGGUAUUAAAUUUGUAUCCAAACAAAAUAUCUGCAAGCUCAUACCAAAAGAUGAUGAUCCAGGGGUAGUAGGCCAAGUCAUGUUAAGUGAUAAAACGGUAUUACCAGCUGAUAUAGUUAUAUUUGGAGUUGGUUCUACUCUUUACACUAAUUGGUUGAAAGGAUCAAGAGUUAAGCUUCGAGAUGAUGGCUGUGUGGAAGUUGAUGAUUAUUUGAGCACAAAUGUAAAGAAUGUCUAUGCAGGAGGUGACAUAGCUCAUGCUCCAGUUCAUUGUGCUGGAGUUUCUGCAUCUAUUGGCCAUUAUGCUUUAGCUCAUUAUCAUGGAAAAAUUGCAGCCAUGAAUAUUUGUAAAAAAAAUACACCUUUAAAGGCAGUGCCAUUUUUCUGGACAACCUUGUUUGGAAAAAGUUAUCGCUAUGCUGGGUACGGAAAACCGUCAAAUAUAAAAGUUCACGGUUCAUUAGCAGAUUUCAAAUUCUUUGCAUACUACUUCAAAGAUGGUAAAGUUGUAGCAAUGAGCAGUGUUGGUAGGGAUCCCAUUGUUUCAGACUUUGCAAAUAUGCUCUAUGAAGGAAAAACUUUAACUGAGGAAGAAGUAGAAAAUGAUCCUAUCAAGUGGAUACGCAACAAACCCAAGGAUCUUCAAGUUACACAAACACCUGUACAAGAUAUCAAGUCGAAUACAAGGCCUUUUCAACACAGAGGACAUCAUACGCUUGCAAUGCAACGAAUUUCGUUGAAUAAUUCUCCUAAUAUCAAGCUUUUAAAAUACUCAAUAAUUGUAUUUAAUUUGCACAGGCUUCUGUUGCACUAAUGGUAAUU